UAUUCUCUCUUGUUUUGGCUAUCUUCGGUUUCGUUUGGUCUUUUCCUUUUGAAAUCCAAAAAAACAAGCUAUAAGGCAAAACUUCUCCAACCAGAUCUUCUCCUCAAGAAGAGUCCGAAUUAGCUUCCUUUUCUCUUAGAUUCAACCCUUUAGUUUGUUUUUGGGUAUAUACAUAUAUCUAUCUAUAUAUAUAUGCAUAUACAUACACAUCUUUUUCUGUCGUUUUUGCAGAGUUUGGGGAGAGUGUAGUAGACUAGUAGUAGCCUUACAUAUAACCCUUGUUUUCUUUCGCUUGUACGGUCUGGUAUAUAUAUACACAUAUAUAUGUAUGUAUUAUCUGUAUAUAUAGCUUGGCCUUUUUGAUGAAAGCCGUUUUGUGUCUGUAAACUAAAUUACAAGGCAGAAAAUUAAACGGCUUUUGAUCAAUCAAAUCUGAUCACAUAUAUAUAUAUAUAUUCAUCAGAUGCGUUUGAGUAAUACUAAUAUGGCCGGUCAUGAAGGGUUUUCUAGUUUACCUUCUAAUUCUAUUGGAUGGUUUGGUCAUCAUCAUCAAGAACCAAACGUCAAUAAUAAUAUCAAUAUCAACACUAGUUCUACAACCUCUAAACCCACUAACAAUAUUCCAAAUCCUGCUGCAGCCAAGAAGAAGAGAAAUCUCCCAGGAACGCCAGAUCCAGAUGCUGAGGUUAUUGCUUUGUCUCCGAAGUCUCUGAUGGCGACGAACCGAUUCGUCUGCGAAAUAUGCAACAAAGGGUUCCAAAGGGACCAGAAUUUGCAGCUUCACCGGCGAGGACACAAUCUUCCGUGGAAGCUCCGGCAAAGGAGUAACAAGGAUCUAGUCAAGAAGAAGGUCUACAUAUGCCCGGAGAAGACUUGCGUCCACCACGACCCGUCGCGGGCCCUCGGCGACCUCACCGGCAUAAAGAAGCACUUCAGUCGGAAGCACGGCGAGAAGAAGUGGAAGUGUGAUAAGUGCUCGAAGAAGUACGCGGUACAAUCCGACUGGAAAGCUCAUUCCAAGACUUGUGGGACUAGAGAGUACAAGUGUGAUUGUGGAACCCUCUUCUCCAGGAAAGAUAGCUUCAUCACCCACAGAGCUUUUUGUGAUGCCCUAGCUGAAGAGAGUGCUAGAUUUACUACAUCAGUGGCUACCAAUCUGAGCUUUGGAAAUGAAAUGAUGAACACCAACACCAACAAUAUCGUCAAUCAUCCUCAUCAACAACCGGAUCUGCAUACCGGAUAUCCGGGCCGUGGACCGGCCCAAAACGUGGCGGGAAUGGCCCAGUACGGCCCGGAUAAUUUUCACCAGCAGCAAGAUUUCACCAAUGCGAAGCCAAGAUUGUCGCUUUGGCUCAACCAGCAGGCCGCAAAUUCUCAUCAUCAUCAGCUCAACCCCAUGAACAGUUUCUUCGUGUCUCAUCAUGAUCGGAUAAUGCAAAUGGGAAUGUCUUCUUCUUCUUCUUCUUCAAGCACUAUCUUUGGAAACUCCACUAGUGGUAAUAAUAAGAAUAAUAAUGCUUCUCAUUUCUUAGGGUUUAAUGAUCAAAAGAUCAAUCAUGCUAAUUCAACUUCAUCAUCAACAUUAAUCCCAAAUCUCUCCUUAAUGUCACCACUUCAUCAACUAGGAUCAUCAUCAUCAUUAAAGGAAGAACCAAAGCAGCCUGUGGUUCCAAUGUCAGCCACUGCACUUCUGCAGAAAGCAGCCCAAAUGGGGUCCACAAGAUCAUCAAAUAACAACAACAACAAUAUUAGCUCUAAUUCCUUCUUUGGAAACUCCUCAUCAGGACUUAUGAUCAGCUCAUCAAUGUCUAAUACUAUCUCUUCCACUACCACUACAAUGAGCUUCAAUUCUCUUAACCAAAAUGGAUUGGUUUUGGAAGGUUCAAAUAGUUCAGCAUCAAAUGGUCUUAGCCAGCUUGUAAUGCAGAAAAGUUGUAGCAGUAGUACUAGUGGUAAAGUUAGUGGUGAUAAUCAAACAGUUCAGGUGUUGAAGCUUCAUCAUAGCUCAUCUAAUGGCGUAGAAAAUGGUCUCACCAGAGAUUUUCUGGGCUCGGGAAGUGGAGAUCAUAACUCCCAGAGGCAGUUCUUGCCGGUACAUGAUCUGGGAAAGUUUGGCACUAUUGGAUCUGAUUUGCAAUGGGGUUGAGAUAAUUCUCUAAUAACCACUAGUGAGCCCAUAUAGUGACGUGUUUUGUAGUUUGUACUAUAUCUAUAUGUAUAUAUACUUGGUUACAACUAUAUGUAUGUGUGUGUAUAUAUAUAUAUAUAUAUAGUACUGAGAACAAAGUUGGGAAAGUAAGCCUCAUAUUAUAUGUCAUGAAUUGGGACUGAGUUGGACUGUGUUAUGAAGGUUCAAACUCGGUAGUGGAGAUGAUCGGCUGAUCAGUACUGAGAGAAAAAAAGAAAAAAAAGGGUGAGAGAUUGAUGAUCAGAAAAGUUGGUGUGAUGAUCAUGGGAAGAUUAAGCUGUGGAAAGGCUGUUCUUGUGGGGCCCACACAUUUGCAUGUGUAUGAAGUGACAAAACGAAGAGCGAACUCCGAGUCACAUAAAUGCAUGUUCACCUUUGUAGGUUUUUGUUUCUUCAUGUUGUUUUUAAUCGUUUGUCUUAACUCGAAUAUCGCUUAUGUUCUUUUUCCCUUCUCUUUUUGCUUAAGAUUUCGUUUA